AUGCCCGAGCCACACUCCCGUCCGCCGUCCGAGUUGUCGAGGUCGCGCUCUACACCCAUUCCCUUGCCUCACGAUGAAACAAGCCGCCGCGAUGAGAUGGCGACACCGCCCAUACUUAGCCCGCGCACACCUAGUGUGCGACCUGUGUCCCCUUCUGGCCUGCAUCCGACAGAUCCGAAAAGAGGAUCCGAGCGACACGGCAGCCCCUGCAUGAACAUCACCACAAGUAAUGAUGGAGGUGACAACGCGGCAGAUACGGACCAGGCGAUCAGCACAGACGGGUCUCGGGCGCUACCUGUGAGUCCGCCUGCCACUCGUUCACAUAGGCGGACAAAGAGGAUUUCAAAGGUCAAGAAGUCGGAAUCUCCGCGGUCGCCUGGCGGACGCAAGCCUCAGCGGUAUCUACGCUCGAGGGGCAGGGACACGUACGCAGACGAUGGCGUUAACGACGGAGGGACAUCGAUUUCCAAGUCACGCCCAUCGGCUCGGAAGCGCAAGGCACGAGCACAAAGGACUCUCUCCGAGAGUCCUAACAGUGCGUAUGCGGACGAUGAACCAAAGUCGGGCAAGCGAGGACGGAAGAAGCCCCGUACUGUCAAGACGACGAAGAGGUACCGCUGCUCGCACCCUAUGUGCGACAAAAGCUUCACUCGGUCGUUCGACCUGAGGCGUCACAUGGAUAUUUGCGCUGGGCCAGGUGGGGAGAAAGCGCCGGCGCAGCACUUUUGUAGCAGCUGUGGGAGGGGAUUUAAUCGCAAAGAUGCCUUAAAGCGGCAUUGUACGGAGAGGCCGGCGGCGUGUACGAAGUAUCUGCGUGGGCUAGAGAAGCGAGCUGCGCUUCAGAGCGGCAAGGAGGUUCCGACGCACAGUGCUUCGAGCGAGAGUCGAAGCGGCGGAGCUCGACAGCACGAGGAGUGGCGUGACCUGGACGAGGACGACCAGGAGGACAGCGGGGCCGGCUCGGAGGAUGAGAAUCUGGCCAGACCUGAGGAUGAGGAAGAGCAAAUGAUACAAGGUAGCCACCUAGCAAUCCUAGCAAUCAAGAAGUUGUCGUUGAUCAAGUUGGCGGGAUGCGGUGGCCGCUAUAGUGGAUUCACAGGCGGGAGGGAAUGGGUAUCCUCAGGUCUGUUGCGUCGCAGUAUUCAGUUGGGAGAGUAUGGUACCUACGAAGUCAGAACGACAUGCAGCAGCAUGACUGGAACAGGGAGAUUUUCCGAAGAGCUCAGUUCAGACAAGAGGGCCGCGUUUACCACGUGGGCUCUCGGCUUCCUCCGGUAUGAACAAUGGCUGCAAGCCAACAACUUCAACUUGUGCGCUCUUCCUCCCCAUUUGUGCAAUGUGGCAUGGUUCUGA